ACUAACAAAACAUAUGAGUCUGCUUUGUUAAGCAUCAAAGCAUUAAUUAAUAUUUCUUUUCACUGUUACUGGUAAGCAGUGUACCAAUAGAAAUGCAAACCCAGUUUCAGUAUAUUUUUGACAGCAUUGAUUUACUCCUGUGUACUCACUCUGAACUGUUUUCCCAGCCCCGUAGAGGGUCUGCUCUGUAUUACUGUCCCUGUCUCUGCCACCCACUUCUCUUCAAACACCAGGAAAAUGCCAAGCUGUCCCCCUGCUCCAAAAAGCAGAGGAGGGACCCUGCAAAGGCUACCAAACGCUUCCCAUCUGACAACCCAACAGCAUGUGUGGUCAAUGGAUAUCUCCAGAAUGGGCAAGGAAAAAGACUAUAUUGAAGUUGUGAUUCUGUUAGACCAAGCAGGUACGGGUCAGAAUAAUGAGCUGACAGAGUCAGCUGUUUGCGACUGGUGGAGUACGAACUCGUGUUAAAAUAUGAGGUCCCUACUUUGACUCUCUGAUGGUUUCAAGUAUUUAUUUCUGCCCUGUGGUGACAGCAUAUAGAACUGUGGUGGCUUUCUAGAAUGCUUGUUCUAGUAUUGAUGUACCUUAAAUUGUCUAUAAUUUCUGUUUUGGUAAUAACUUAUUCUAGGUGUUAAGAAUCAAUAUAUGGAAAAAAGAAAAACACUUUAAGCAUUGGCUUUUUAGAAGUGCAAAGAAAUGUGUUUGUUAAUCUGACCACAAUUUUUACUCGUUAUAUUCAGACAAGUGUAUUUUAAGAAUAACCAUGUUAAAGUGUGGCAGAAUAAAUGAAUUUUGGAUUAAAAUGGAAAAAAAAAAAAUACCCUGCUUUGGAGUGCAAUGAAGUUUAGUCCAUUUAGUAUGGAGGGACCUGGAAAUACUAGAAAAUAGUUGAAGGUCACUUGCUAACCAUUUAUUAUUAAAAUCUGUUGUUUUCUUAGGUGUACACAGACCUUGGAGGUUUUUUUUAAUUGAAUCACCUGUAUCCUGCUAAGCAAGAAACCAAAUUAAAAUUCUCUUCCCACUUCCACACCCCCACCCCCCUCCCCACCCCCCUCAUCGGGAAAGCACAGUAGUGGCUCCCUGUUUACUUCAAUGUCAGUUUGCUGCUAAUGGGUGUAAGUAAAUUAGAUGUCUUGUACAGAAAGCUUCUCCUCACUAAACUUUUCAUCAGAGGAUGGGGAAAGCCAGAGGAUCUGAAAAGAAUAUUCGAAUUCAGAAAGAUUAUUGGAAACAGGGAAAAAUGCCAGACACUGGUUUCAAAAGAUUACCCAGUGUUCAUUGACAAGGUUGAGGAGCAAUCUGACUGUAAAAUCCUUGAGGGGCACUUUAUUUCGCCAUUGGCUCAUUAUGUCCCAGGUAUCCUGCCAGUUGAAUCUCUUAUAGCAAGAUUUCAGUUCAUCAUACCCAGAAGAUGGAACAGCAAGCACAGACCUGUGUGCAUUCAUUUAGCAGGCACUGGAGACCAUCACUUCUGGAGGAGACGCACAUUAAUGGCACGCCCAAUGAUUAAAGAAGCCUGUAUGGCUUCCUUAUUGCUAGAAAACCCUUAUUAUGGCUGUAGAAAACCUAAGGAUCAAUUACGGUCAUGUUUAAAGAAUGUCUCGGACCUGUUCGUGAUGGGAGGAGCUCUUGUUCUAGAGUCGGCAGCUCUUUUGCACUGGCUAGAGAGAGAAGGCUAUGGACCACUAGGGAUGACAGGAAUAUCCAUGGGAGGACAUAUGGCUUCACUGGCAGUGACAAACUGGCCUAAACCAUUGCCAUUGAUUCCGUGUCUUUCCUGGUCAACAGCUUCUGCAGUCUUUACUACGGGUGUGCUGAGCAAAGCGGUGAACUGGAGAGAGCUAGAGAAACAGUAUUUUACACAAACUGUUUAUGAAGAAGAAAUCAUUCAAAUGCUUGAAUACUGUGGAACGGAUUCCUUCAAGAUGGGACAAGACUUUGUUAAAAACUUCCCUGACAGUGUAGACAGCCUGAAGGAUGUGGACAUGACUUCAAAAAUGUUCAACCUUGAUUCCUCAAGCAAAACUGUAUCUAAAGAAGCUGUUCACAGCUUUACCACAAGUACUCUAAGUGCCUCAUCAGAAAGACUCUUAGCACAAGAUGCUCCUAAAAUGCAGUGCAUAAAUCAAACAUUUUCAACCAGUAGCAAUAGCAAAAAAAACUUAAGCAGCUCACAAGAACACAGGAUAAAUAAAAAGAGAAAGAGUGACACUUUACAGAGAGAAUCCUUAAGGUUCAUGAAAGGAGUAAUGGAUGAAUGUACCCAUGUAGCUAACUUCUCAGUUCCCGUUGACCCAAGUUUAAUCAUAGUUGUACAAGCAAAGGAGGACGCAUAUAUUCCUCGAACUGGGGUACGCAGUCUUCAAGAAAUCUGGCCUGGAUGUGAAAUUAGGUACUUGGAUGGAGGUCAUGUGAGUGCCUACCUGUUCAAGCAAGGACUCUUCAGACAAGCAAUUUAUGAUGCAUUUGACCGCUUUCUUCAGAAAUACGCAGUUUAAAAAUCUUCAUAAUGUAUUCAAACUGUUCUCAUUUUCCACUCACUGGAACUCAUAUUUGGAAAAGAAGCCUCUUGCAACACUGAGUAGAUGAUCACUGAUUUUGACUGGUUUAGGUAACAAUUAUCAAAAAUGGUAAAGUACCAGCACUAAUUCCAUUUCAAACAGAUGCUGUUCUGACAUGCUUGCUUCAUCUUUACCCAUGAAAAACAAAUGGCAGUAUUUGUUAGCUCAUGAAUGAUUCAUGUACUUUGUGUUUAAUCACAUUGUGUGUUCCUUUAAUUCUGAAUGAAUUCUGGAUUGUG